AUGGCAAACGAUUCUACACCUCCGCCUAUUUGGAAUUUUCCUUUGCCGCUUGCUGUUCCACAGACUUCUAAUUCUAUUGAACAACAACAGCAAUCAUCUAUUGUUAGCGGAGUUGGUGAACGAAAACAACGCACAUUACGACUAUCGAUUAAUGCACGUGAACGUCGACGUAUGCAUGAUUUAAACGAUGCACUUGAUGAAUUGCGUUCUGUUAUUCCCUAUGCACAUUCGCCAUCCGUACGUAAAUUAAGUAAAAUUUCAACAUUAUAUUUGGCUAAGAAUUUUAUACUUCUUCAAGCACAAGCUAUUGAUGAACUAAAAAAAUGUGUUCUUCGUGCAAGUCUUAUGAGUAGUCAACCAGGAGCUGUUUUAUCGCAAACAACAGCGAUGGAUUUUCCAAAUACAGAUCAUACGAAUGAUAGAUAA